UUUAAUUUCCCUUUUUCUCAGCUUCUUCUUUUUCCAUAGUUUUAUCUUCUAAUUCACCUAUUCUCUCCUCUGCCUCUUCAAUCCGAGCUGUGGUCGCCUCCAUUUUAUUUUGCACCUCAUUUAUAGCAUUUUUUUUUUUUUUAGCUCUCAUGACUGUUUCUUAGUCCCUUGAUCUCUGUAGCAAUAGAUUCUCUGUUGUCCUUUAUACUUUUUACAAACCCAGCGAUUAAUUUUAUGAUGAUUAUUCUAAAUUCUUGUUCUGUUAUAUUGCUUAAAUCAUUUUUGGUCAAUUCAUUAGAUGUUGCUAUUUCCUGGAGUUUCUUUUGAGGAGAAUUCUUCCAUUUUGUCAUUUUGGAUAGUCCCUGGAGUGGCGCAGAACUGCAGGGCACUUCCCCUGUGCUGUCUGGAGUAACUUGAGUUGGUGGGUGGGGCCACAGUCAGACCUCAUGUCUGUCCCCAGCCCACCGCUGGGGCCACAGUGAGACUGGUGUGUACUUUAUGUUCCGCUCUCCCAGGGGCAGGACUCACUGUGGAGUGGUGUGGCCCCUGUCUGGGCUACUUGCACACUGCCAGGCUUGUGGUGCUGCUUUGAUGGGAUCUGGCAUAUUAGCUGGGGUGGAUCCCCUAGGUGUACAGGGGUGGGAGGGGCAGGCUUAGCUCACUUUGCUAUCAGUGUUCCCCUGCACAAGGGGCCCUGCAGCACUGGGAGGGAGGCAGGCAGACCCGUCGAAGGGAUGGAUCCACAGAGGCACAGCAUUGGGUGUUUGCGUGGUGCAAGCAAUUUCAGUGACAGGAAAUGGUUCCCUUUGGAAUUUCGGCUGGGGGAUGGGAGGGAGAGAUGGCGCUGGCCAGUGCCUUUGUUCCCUGCUGAGCUGAGCUCUGUCUUCCAGGGCUCAACACCUCUCCCUCCUGGUGUCCUCUCGCCCUCCUGCUCUCUGAGCCGAGCUGGUGACUUAUAACAUUCCAGAUGUUAAGUCCCACUGGCUGUCAGAACUCACGCAGUCUGGCCCCUCCGCUUUUUCAAGCCAGACUAGGGGAUUCCACCUUGCCAGGCAGGCUGCCCCUCCACCGUCCUGGCUCCCUCCCACCAGUUCGUGUAGCACACACCGCCUCUCUACCCUUCCUACCCUCUUCCGUGGACCUCUUGUCUAUGCUUGGCUCUGGGGAGUCCGUUCUGCUAGUCUUCUGGCGGUUUUCUGGGUUAUUUAGGCAGAUGUGGGUGGAAUUCAAGUGACCAGCAGGACGCAGUGAGCCCAGUGUCCUCCUAUGCCACCAUCUUCUCCUCUGUAAAUCUAGGACUUGAUUCUUGAGUGAGCUCUCUAUCCAGACCUGUUAAUCCCCCAGCAGCUUUACAAGGUACAUAAGCCAGGCAUUAGCAAACCUAUGUUAGAGAUGAAAUCUGGGGCAUGGAGAAAAUCAGUGAUUUGCCCAAGGUUUAUUGUGGAUUAGGAAUGGUGAUGAGGGAGGCUUCAAUUUCCUGACUUCUAACCCAGUGCUGGCUCUCUUGGUGGCUCCCUGUUGCCAGUUUAGGUUGGGCUGCCUCUGUGUGCCUGUCUAUUCACCCCUUCUCCUUUGAUGCUUUAUGACUAUUUCCUCAUGUCAUUAGUAAUCCUGCCAAAUAUCUGUCUAGGCAGGAGUACUUCAUCCAUGGGGCAGGUUCUCCUGAAAAGGGAGGGUUUCUUCUCAUGGCAAAAGUUAAAGAAAGCCUCAAUUAAAAAAUAGGCAAAGGAUUUGAAUAGACAUGUCUCCAAAGAUGAUAUACAAAGGACCAAUAUGCACAUGAAAAGAUGUCAAACAUCAUUAGUCAUCAGUCAUCAGCAAAUCAAAACCACUGUGAGAUACCAUUUCACAGCCACUGGCAUGGCUAGAAUAAAAAGAUAGAUCAUAAGUAGUGUUGGUGAGAAUGUUGAAUGUUUGGUAUCCGUAAACACUGCUGGUGUGAAUGUAAAAUGCUGCAGCUACUUUGGAACACAUCUGGCAGUUCCUCAAAAGGUUGUACGUAGAGUUACUGUAUGACUCAGCAAUUCCACCCAAGAGAAUUGAAACCUUAUGUCCACACAAAAAGUUAUACAUCAAUGUUCAUAGGGGCAUUAUUCAUAAUAUCCAAAAUAUGGAAAUAAUCCAAAUAUCCAUUAACUGAUGAGCAGAUAAAUUCUGUUGUAAAUAAAUACCUAUAUGAUGGAACAUUACUUGGCCAUGAAAGGAAUGAAAUACUGGUAUUUGCUACAACAUGGAUGAAGCUUGAAAACAUAAUGCUAAGUAAAAAGAAGCCAGAAACAAAAGGGCACAUAUUGUAUGAUUCCAUUUAUAUGAAAUGUCCAGAAUAGGUAAAUCCACAGAGAUAGAAAGUAGAUUGGGGGUUGUCAGGGACUGGCAAUGGAGGAAAAUGAGGAACAUGGGUGUGGGUGAUAAGGGGUAUGGGUUUUCUUGGGGGGUGAUCAAAAUGUUCUAACAUUGAUUUGGUGAUGGUAGCAUAACUCUGAGAACAUCCUAAAACCACUGACUUGUAUGCUUUAAAAGAGUAAAUUGUAUGGUGUGUGAACUAUAUCUCAAAAAGUUGUCACAACAAAAAUGUCAAAGAAGGUCUCUACAGUUCUGUUACUUCCCAGCUACAUGGUCUUAGUCAUUACAAUCUCUCUGUGUUCAGUUUCCUCAUCUGUAAAAUGGUGAUAAUAAGAGAACCAACCUCACUUGGCUGCUUCUGUGAGGAUAAAUGAGUUAGUACAUAUAGAGUACAUACAUAGUAUAAAUAUACACAUGUGCCUGGCAUAUAAUUGGUGUUACAGUAUUAUAAUCAACUAUUGUUAAUACAGUUUAACAAUGGGAGGGGUUCUAAAUAACUUGGAAAUUUUUUUUAAGUUUACUUAUUCAUUUUGAGAGAGAGCAAGAGUGAGGGUGUGCUAGUAGUAGAGGGGCAGACAGAGAGAGGUAGAGAGAUAAUCCCAAGCAGGUUCUGCACUGCUACAAGCUAGCAGAUCAUGACCUGAGCUGAAAUCAGGAGUCAGACGCUUAAUCUACUGACCCACCCAGGCGCCACUAAAGAACUUGGAAGUUUAAGAAGAGGGUGAAAGGCUUUGUUGACAAUAACACCAGAUGUCAAGAAACUGCAUUCAUUCCACACCACCUGUUUAACUUCACGUUGCUACAGCUGCUUAGAAGCAUAUCUAUGAAAAAUCUCAAUUGCAAAUAUCACUUGAGUUAUACCCAAGAGGGUAUAAGGACUCUAAGAGGAGACCUUUCCAGAUUUGCUGGCCCACCAUGAUUUUCCUCCUUCCCACCAUGAUGUAUCCCACAACAUACUUGACUGGGAAGGACUUACCCUGUUCCCACUGGGCCCCACACAAACCUGAGGAUAUGGUGGUAAGAUCAGUUUUCUUGAGCAUGAAGCCAUUUGACUGGGUUUGUAUAUCACUUCCUGCCUCUUCCUUUCUAGACACCCUUAGUAAUUGGUAAAUUACUCUUUAUUUAAUAUGACUAUGCUUAAUGUCUUCCAGUCCCAGCAGUGUCCAGAGAUUUUAAAGGACACAUUCUUCAAGGGAUUUGUCAUUACAGGGGCAAUGGAAAUAAAAGAGAAGGAAUGCACAGGGGAGGCAAGUUUCCAGAGCAUUUUAUUAUGGGUACAGCCACUUCCCAUCCCUUGUCCUCUGAAGAGAUAUGGUCGCCCUUGGGAGCAAAAAGGGGCCUUGGGCAUGGUGUCAGAGGAUCUGAUUUCAGAUAUGGAGCUGAUCUCUUAAAGGUCAUGUGGCCUUGGCACUGUCUGAAAAGUAGGAGGUGGGGUCAGAUGAGCUCUGAGGUCCCAUUUAGCCCUAAUACUCAUCAUAAUCAGUAACUGACUAGUGACUUUUCCAGGUGCUGUUCAAAGAACUAUAUGCAUUAAUUCAUUUACUACUCACAGCUAAACUCUGAGGUAUUAUUAUCCCCAUAUGAAGCAUGAGGAAACUGAGGCACAGUAAGAUCAGAUCCUGGCCCAAGUCCUCAUGCUCAUGAGUGGAGGCUCCAUAAUUGAACCUGAGACUAAGUAAAUUAAUGAAUGAAUGAGACCCAGGUCGCCAGGCCAGCCUUUCAAUCACCAUGUCUUCACUUAUGUCUUAGGGAUCUUUCCUUUUCUUUAGUCAUCAUUGCCCCACCCCACCUCCUCUUUUUAAGCACUUCUGGUGACAUCUUUUCACUACUCACCUCUUCUUUCUGUCUCCCACAUUCAUACCUUCCUGUUCCUCUUGUUGCUAAUUUCCAACUCGUUUCCCUCACCCUCAACUUGACUUGCCGUUCCCUUUCUCGCCAGCGGAUCUCAGGCUCCCAGCUCUCCCCCAGCCUCCAGUAUUUUGGGCAGUCACUGAGUGGGGGUCAGGACCUUACCCUGGAUGGACUGGUGGACCUGGCUGUGGGGGCCCAGGGGCAGGUGGUGUUGCUAAGGACCAGACCUGUGCUCAGGGUGUGGAUGAAUAUCCAAUUCACAUCUGCAGAGAUUGCCAGGUCUGUGUUUGAAUGUCGGGAAGAGACAGCCUCUGUCAAGGCACUGGGUGAUGCCAACGUCUGCCUUCGUAUUUAUGAAAGUCCCAAGAAUCGGCUGGGUGACCUCCAAAGCUCUGUGACCUUUGACCUGACCCUCGACCCUGGCCGCCAGAAUCCCCGUGCCAUCUUUGAGGAGACAAAAGCCCGGAAUCUGACUCAUAUCCGAGUCCUUGGGCUGAGACAGUACUGUGAGACCGUGAGGUUGCUCCUCCUGGCCUGUGUGGAGGACUCAGUGACCCCCAUCACCUUGCGUCUCAACUUCUCUCUGGUGGGCAAACCUAUCCCUUCCUUUGGAAACCUCCAGCCUGUCUUGGCUGUGGAUGCUCAGCGAUACUUCGUGGCCUCUCUUCCCUUUGAGAAGAAUUGUGGAACUGACCAUGUCUGUCAGGAUGACCUUGGCAUCUCCUUUGACUUCUCAGGCUUGAAGACUCUGGUGGUGGGGAGUACCCUGGAGCUGAAUAUGAAAGUGACAGUGUGGAAUGAUGGUGAAGACUCCUAUGGAACCACAAUCACCUUCUUCUACCCUCCAGGGCUGUCUUAUCGUCGUGUGGCAGGGAGCCAGAACCAGCUGCAGGCACACUCCCCAAGCCUGACCUGUGAUGGCACCCCAGCCCAGGGCCAGAGUACUCAGAGCACCCGUUGCAGCAUCAACCACCUCAUCUUCCGUGAGGGUGCUAAGAUGACCUUCAUGGUCACCUUUGACGUCUCCCCCAAGGCCAUACUGGGUGAUAGGUUGCUUCUGACAGCUAAUGUGAGCAGUGAAAAUACUACUCCCAGGACCAGCAAGACCACCUUUCAGAUGGAGCUCAUGGUGAAGUAUGCCAUCUACACUGUGAUCAGCAGCCAUGAACAGUCCACCAAGUACCUCAACUUCUCAGCCUUGGACUGGGAGGAAAGCAGCCAGGCUCAGCAUAGAUACCAGGUGAACAAUCUGGGACAGAGGGACCUGCCUGUCAGCAUCAACUUCUCUGUGCCUGUGGAGCUGAAUGGGGUGCCUGUGUGGACAGAGUUAGAGGUUUUCCACCCCCAGAACCCCUCCAUUCAGUGUUCUUCAGAGAGAAUGGUGCCCAUAGAGUCUGACUUCCUGACCCACAUUCAGAAGAAUCCCGUGCUGAACUGCUCAAUUGCUGACUGCCUGAGGUUCCACUGUGACCUGCCUUCCUUUGGCGUCCAGGAGGAACUUGACUUCAUCCUAAAGGGCAACCUCAGCUUUGGCUGGGUCAGCCAGACAUUGCAGAAGAAGGUAUUGAUUGUGAGUGUGGCUGAAAUCAUGUUCAACACAUCUGUGUAUGCCCAGCUUCCAGGACAGGAGGCAUUCUUGAGAGCUCAGAUGGAGAUGGUACUGGAGAAGUAUGAGGUCUACAACCCUGUCCCCAUUAUUGUGGGCAGCUCUUUGGGAGGACUGCUGCUGCUGGCUCUCAUCACAGUCAUUCUGUAUAAGGUUGGCUUCUUCAAACGUCAGUAUAAGGAAAUGAUGGAGGAAGCAAAUGGACAGACUAUCCCAGAAAAUGGGACACCAGACCCUCAAGCUUCCCAAUAAGAAAUUACCUCCUAUUCUCCCUUGAACCUGUUCUCUUCUGAGAGGUUUCCUGGCCCUCUUACUCUCAGCUAAGUUAGGCCAGCAGGGAGAGAAAUGCUCCAUGUGAGGGAGGCCAGCUUUCUCCCUUUGGGAGGAUGCAUUGUGUUCACUGAAAGUUCUUGCCAGGGAAGGGCUAUUUGUUUUGUCAAGUCUGCAACUGGAAACCCCAGAACAGGAUUUUCACCAUGCCCUUGAUUUUUACCUAGAAGUACAUGAACAAUAGCCUCAGGCUCCAGUCUCUCUUCACUAGCUACCAAUGAUCUUUCUAAAAUACAAUACUAAACAAGCCACAAUCCUCAUCUAUCUUUGGUGGCUCCCUAUUAACAUAGGAUAACUCCUGAACUCUCCAACUUGAAGUUAGGAAUCCAGUUGAAUUUCCAGAAGGUGGGCUUUGAUGUACACACCAUGAGUUGCUUUGUGCCUUCCUAUCAUCCUCAUUCCUAGUAAAUACUGUCAAAGCAGCUUUUUGUCUCAGAAAUUUCAGCCCGCAUUUUGAAACUGAAUUGGGAAUAAAAUGUCUACACAUUGAAAUUUGUAAACAUGGCUUCCAGCCUUUGUCAGCAUUGCUGGCUUGGAGGGAGAAGUAGAACCCCAGCAGGGGUAUUGCCCCAAUGUCACUCUGGCUCAACUAGCUCCAGCAUCUCUCAAGAGAUCAAGAUGCCCAGGAUACUUCCAUUUUUUUUAGGUUCCAAAUAUAGCGAAUGAAGAAACGCUAAAGCAUUAUUCUAAAAAUUGUGUAUUUUAAAGUUUGCAUUAACAAUUUAACACAUUGCACAAAAACAAUGCAUGCACCUUCAUUGGAAAAUAUGUCAAAGGUAUAAAAUUAAGGCCUUUUAGGGAUGUGAGUCAUGUAUAGUGGUCAGUCCAUGGUGUCCCCUAACCAUGGUGGACACCUGCCAGCCCUGAAGCCUGAGGCCAGGACAAGUAAGUUAAAUAGAGUGAGGAUUAUUAAUGUUCUUAUGUUGGAUAACCUGACUUCUUCAUCUACUCACUCGAUUCUCAAAGCUGUCACUGAUGGGAGGCUGAUGGGGCUGUGACAGGGGCAUGAAGAAGGGGCUUACCUGGAAAGGUCAUUAGAGUGGAUCAACACACAGGUGUUUCUUACAAAUCCUAGGAUGUAGUGAAGGGGACAUUGUUUGCAUAUGGUAAGUGAUUGGAGAGCACUUUGAAGUCUUAUAUCAGAGACCUGCUGCCCCAAAUAAGGCCAUUCUUACUAUUAUGCCACCAAUCUUAGCAUAAAGCACAAAGUGGUGCAUGGCACUGAGCUGGGGGUCAACACAUAGCAGGCCAUUCCUUGCCUGGAGAGAUCCCACUGCUGCUGCCACCCCUUAGGUGUUUGGGCCAUGUGUAUGGUUGCAUUAGAAACACAGAAGGGUGAAGCAGUUGAUGAGUGAUUUAGGGGAAGCCGGAAAAUAACCCUUCAUAGAAAUCCUUUCCAUGAAUAGACUUCCAUGGAAAUCCUGCCAUAUACUUAAGUAAUUAUGUUCCUAAAGGUGUUCCUAGACUCUAAGGACUGCAGCAAUCUCUUGUCUAAAAUGAAGGCAACAGGGGCGCCGGGGUCGCUCAGUCAGUUGAGCUUCCGACUUCAGCUCAGGUCACGGUCUCACAGUUCGUGAGUUCGAGCCCUGUGUCGGGCUCUGUGCUAACAAACAGCUCAGAGCCUGGAGGCUGCUUAGGAUUCUGUGUGUGUGUGUGUGUCUCUCUCUCCCCCUCCCCUGCUCAUGCUCUGCCUCUCUCUGUCUCUCAAAAAAUAAAUAAAUGUUUAAAAAAUUUUUAAAAAUAAAAUGAAGGCAACAGGUGUUAUUUUCACAUAUUUUCUGUGCAUAUUAUUGCUUACAUUAAUUUUAUUAACAUUUUUCAGGGUUGCCGUUGUGUUGUGUUAUAUCCCCAAAUCAUAAAAAUGGAUCAAUGGCUUAAAAUUUUUUCUUUGAAGCAUAAAAGUUGAGGUUCCAAAAAAAAAGUAAAUUGCUUCAACUUAGAAUAAUAUCAUCAAAAUCAAUGAGGUUCCAGUGCACAUUUAGUAUCGGGAUGUGUAAAUGGUGGGAUGAGUGGUUCUGAGCAAAAUUUAAAUAUAUCUAGAAUAUAUUAUACCAUUGAAACUGUAUUUUAUUGGAUCACAUAUCUUUUUUAUCCUAGGGUGUUGUCCAUUAUGAAACUUUGUUAGAUGGCUUGAAGCUAUCAAAGCUUUUGUGUCAUUUUCACACAUGACAUAAUGACCUCACAGACAAGGCAACAGAGACUUCUUAGAAUGAUUGCAACAUAUUGCUUUCCCAUCCCAAAGCAAUAAUUUUAUCAUUAAAUACAGAGAAGACAGCAAAACUACAGUGGCAUAAAUCAAAGUUGCUCUUACAGCAAAAGUAUGUACAAGUCACAUAAUUUCAAAGAAGCUUAUAAAAGCAGCAAUAAAGUUAAUGUUUAUGCUGGAAGGUUGCUCUUGGCUAUAAGUAACAGGGGACAAUCCAAAGUCUUCCCACAUGAAGUUCAGAUAUAGUCAUUGGUUAAUUCAGUUCCUCGAUAAUGACAUUAAGAUGCAGCCAUCUUGUGAUGCUUUUGUCUUAGACCAUGCCCCUCAUUGUUGCAAGAUGACUGCCAUUGUUCCAGGCAUUUUGUCCUUGGAUAAUAGCACCUAAAAGCAAGAGGAGCGGUUUGUUGGAGGAGGUCAUCGAGAGGACAUGACCAUUGGUUGGCUCUGGGUAUAUAGAGGCUUCUCACUCCCUGCCCUGUCCUUGGAAUGUAUACUCUGCCUACCAUUUCCAAAGUGGGAACCAUUUUGAAAGACACAGCCCUGAGAGAACAAUGCAUUAUUGAGUCUAUCUGGAUGGUACAUGUACCUGAACCUAGUUAAAGCCUCUAUAUAAACUUAAGAUUCUAGUGGGCCAGUGUAAAGAUCUACUUUUCUUGAAGCUGCCCAAGUCAGGCCUCUUACUUCCCUCACUUAUUAACCCUGCUAAAGCCUGCCUCUUUCUGUCUGCUUUCCAUAUGGGGGCUGGUUUCAAAUUUCAUUCUGGGAAUACCUGAGGUUGCAAACCAACAACUUGCUAGCCAGCCAAGAGACUGAAAGAUGGGUCUUGGGAGUUGUUCGUGACCUUUUUGUGGGGAGGGAUGAGACAUAGGUCAGAGGCUUGUGGACCAGUGCAUGAGUACAAGGAUGUUCCCUAAAUGGUGACUGGUCUGAUACUUUUGUUUGAGGAACCAUGCAGAGUGCAGUGCAGCAGAGAAGAGAAAUGCACAGCUGUGUAGUUGGCUGGCUUCUACUGUGGGCUGGCCAUUAGUACCCAACUAGAGGCUGAAACUUGUGUUAUAAAGUUGGAAGAAGAGCUGAGGUUAGAGAAAGAUGGGCAGGUUUCCACUACUCUGCUGGCUUUGAGGGCUGGAAGACAGGAUGCAAGAGCAGGAUAAUUAGUUGGAGAUCCUAGCAUUCUUCUUUACAAACUAGGAGAUGACAAGCUGCAAUGGAGUAAGGUCCAAGUGCUUAUGACAAAGCCUGAUUGGGACACAAAGAGGUGGAAUACCUGGGAAAGUGAGGAAAAUGAGGAGGACGAUUUUAUGGUGAUUAGCAGUGAAAUGAAUGAAACACCUGGUGCUGUUUGAUCCUUAAUACACAGGAAAGCAAAAGCAGAGCAACAGCAAUCCCAGCCAGUGGGGCAGCCCACAGUUCAGGAAACAUUCAUGAUGAGAGAAUAUACUCCCCCUGAGCUUAUUGGUGUAGCUGCUAAGUUUAGGAAAAGACCAGGGAAACUAUCCUGGCAUGGUUACUGCAGCUAUGGGAUAUGGUGGGUGAUGG